AUGAGCAAAGGUUUGCGAACACUGGAUGCUCUUAAGCUGGAACUGGAUAUCUUGGAGAAAGAAAAAGAGAAUGGGAGUCACUGUGAGCAGCUCAAAAGGAAGAAUAAGGAUGCAGAGGAUCGUCUGGAGUUGUGCCUCCAUCAGUGUGUUGAGAUGGAAAGGUGUGAAAGUAGAGAGCUGGAUGUUGAAAUAAGGAACCUGAUAGGGAAGAGUAACACUUCCCAGUCGUGUGAGGACCCCAAACCUAUUGCACAAGAGAGUCCGAACCCUCAGAGAACUUUGUGUUCCCUUAAGGUCCACAGUGAAACAGCCACUCCAGGCCAUCUCGGAUGCACGUGGGCAGAUGGGAGUGACAUGGAAGCCCCAGCAGACCCACUGGAAUCAAGGCACACGUUACUGACUAAAAAGAAGACUUCAUCACCCAGUUCUCUGGAACAACAGAUCCUCUCACUGGAAAGACAGAGACGAGAGCUUCUGGAGGUGAACAAGCAAUGGGAUCAUCAAUUUAGAAACAUGAAACAGCUCUAUGAAAAGCAGCUGGCAGAGAUGAAAGCAAGGCUGGACGUGUCGGAGAGAAGAGUGAGCGAGCUGGAGCAGGAGAGACAUCGGCAGCAGCCAGGGGAUGAGAGGUCGGGAGUGCUGGGCAGAGAGAAGCCGUGGCAGGAAAAG